CCGGGGUGGUCAACUCAUGCUGUCGGUAGAGCGUCUCGCGUUCAUUGGUUGUUUACUUUAUUUACGUUGCAAUUGUAGCCAACUAAACAAUCGUGAUCAGUGUAUAUCUUGUGUGACAUUGUGUAUAUCACGUUCGAGUCAACAUACGUGUGUGUUUUGAGUUUUUUUGAGAUGUUUUAGGACGCGCUGCGUGCGAUAAAACGCGCGGCGUUGAAAUGAGAAUGCAUCUUUCUGUGUAGUGUUGUGGUGUGCUAAUUGGGUUCCCCUGGCCAAAUGCUGGGCUACAGAUCCGCUAUGUGCAGUCGUCAACAUACCCAGGCUUGUUUGAACACAUCCCUGUCGAUACGGCAGGAGAUCCAGCGGUUUGAGAGCGUGCAUCCUUCGAUAUACGCUCUGUACGACUUGGUGGAGUUGGUGCCAGACCCGCUGCUGGCCCAGCAGAUCCGAGACCACGUCGUGGCCAUAGAAGAUUCAUUCGUCAAUAGUCAAGAAUGGACGGCAUCAAGAGGAGUAACAGAACUGAGGGUGGGAGUGCUGGGUUCCCCAGACAGUGGGAAAUCAGCACUAGUACACCGGUACCUCACUGGCGCGUAUAUGCAAGAGGAAAGUCCUGAAGGCGGCCGCUUCAAGAAAGAAGUGAUAAUCGAUGGGCACAGUUACCUUCUACUAAUACGAGACGAAGGGGGACCACCAGAAAUGCAGUUCACGGCCUGGGUGGAUGCGGUGAUCUUCGUAUUUAGCCUCGACAACGAAAUCAGUUACAACACUGUAUCAAAUUACUUCAAUAAGAUGUCCCAUUAUCGGAAUUCCGCUGAGAUUCCAAUCAUAUUGGUCGGGACUCAAGAUGCCAUAAGUGAAAGUAGUCCACGCGUCGUGGACGAUAACCGUGCGCGCAAGCUGUCGAAUGAACUGCGAAGAUGCUCAUACUACGAAACGUGCGCCACGUAUGGGCUCAACGUCGAAAGAGUUUUCCAAGAUGCGUGCCAGAAGAUUGUUGGGACAAGGCUGUCGGCGUCGUCGCAAUGCCUUUCUGGUGGGUCCAGGCCCGUGACUCCUCAGCCCCUGGCCAACUCUCCCAGUCACAACCAUUCUACGUUUCUAUACAAGGACUCACUACCCCGUGGUCACCACACACUCUCGGCGUCAUCACACCACCUGCACAGAGGAGCUCAAUCCUUCGACGCAUCCUCAAACAGCAGCGGCAUAUCCUCAACCCACGUCGUCGAGAUCCACAGCACCAACGGCUCCGACACCUCCUCACGAUGGGGCAACUCCUUAGGCAGCCACGGAUCCUCAUCAGGCCUCGUCUCCAUAGCAACGGAAAACAACAACGUCAAAUUCACAGCACCACACUGCUUAGACAACCUCCAACCUGGCAAAGACCAGAAAGACCUACCCACACCCUCAUCCACCCCCACAACGUCUCGAAAGUCAAGGAGAAGAUCGAAUCUCUUCACCCCCUCAAAAAAGGGGGACGAUAGACUCAAGAAUGGGGAGCUGGGAUCGGGGAGGGCGAUUCCCCUGAAACAGGGGUAUUUGUACAAGAAGAGUAGCAAAGCACUGAAUAAAGAGUGGAAGAAGAAGUAUGUCACGCUGUGCGAUGAUGGGCGGCUGACGUAUCAUCCAAGUUUGCAUGAUUACAUGGAAGAUGUGAACGGCAAGGAGAUAUCUCUCCAGUACGUGACAGUUAAAGUGCCGGGCCAGAAGCCUCGCGGUUCCAAGUCCAUCAUUACGACAGUGCCGGGCUAUAACGGGCACAACAGCCUCGACAUACACGACAGCAUCGGCGGGCUCUCGCUUGGCUACAAAGACAAGCCGACCCGAGCCACCGACAAGGCCCUAAUGUCGGCCUUCGACACGAUGAAGGAGCCAGCCACGAGCCGCCAGUCGCUGGCGUCCGAAGCAGACCUUGUGUCCACGAACGGAGACAAGGAUGUCAAGAAGCGGCAUCGCAGGAUGAAGAGCAGCGGCGUUAAGAAGGAUGGGGACGAUGGUAAGCACAGUUUGAUGACCCUAAAGUCGGCCUUUGAUACGAAAGGGCCAGACAUGAAACGACAGUCGCUGGCGUCCGAAGCAGACCUUGCUUCCACGAACGGAGACAAGGAUGUCAAGAAGCGGCAUCGCAGGAUGAAGAGCAGCGGCGUCAAGAAGGAUGGGGACGAUGAUGAAAGAGGCAGCCACGAGUCGACAGUUAAAGGAGACAAGGAUGUAAGAAGGAUGGGGACGAUGAUGAAGGAGCCAGUUAUGAGCCGACAGUCGCUGGCUUUGGAAGCGAACCUCUGUUUCACGAACGGAGACAAGGAUGUCAAGAAGCGGCAUCGCAGGAUGAAGAGUAGCGGCGUUAAGAAGGAUGGGGACGAUGGGCCAGACAUGAAACGACAGUCGCUGGCGUCCGAAGCAGACCUUGUGUCCACGAACGGAGACAAGGAUGUCAAGAAGCGGCAUCGCAGGAUGAAGAGCAGCGGCGUUAAGAAGGAUGGGGACGAUGACGGCGACGCGGCAUCGUCCUGCGAGUUCACGAUCGUGAGCUUAGACGGCAAGCGCUGGCGUUGGGAAGUGGGCGCGAGUGGAUGCGCGGCGGCGGCCGAGCGCGACGCGUGGGUCGCGUGCGUGGAAGCGCAAAUCCUCGCCUCGCUGCAGGGACGGACGUCCCGGCAACCCGCGCCGACCGGUGCUAACUCGACUGGCGACGUGAGAGCCACGUACUACAUCAGGCGGGUGAAAGGCAACGACAAAUGCUGCGACUGUGGUGCUCCUGACCCGGACUGGGCGAGCCUGAACCUCGGCGUGCUGAUCUGCAUCGAGUGCUCGGGCAUCCACCGCAACCUCGGCUCGCACAUAUCGCGCGUGCGCUCGCUCGACCUGGACGAGUGGCCGCUGGGCCAUGUGAGUGUGAUGGUGUCGUUAGGCAACACGCUGGCUAACUCAAUAUGGGAGGCGGACCUUCGGGGUCACAUCAAACCACAAGUCACGUCGUCUAGGGAAGAGAAGGAACGAUGGAUCCGGCUCAAAUACGAGAGGCGGGCGUUUCUCUCAGCUGGCGACAUAGCGACCGGCGUUGACGCACUACGGGCGGCCAGCUCGCGAGGCCAAGUGGCGACCCUUGCAAGAGUACUGGCGGUGCCGCCUCCUCGAGCGCCGUCGGCUACGGAUCGAGCAUUAGCGCUUAGAGCCGCCGCGGCCGCAGGACACCUCGCUGCCGCGCAGUUAUUGAUAUGGGAUAGCUCGCGAGGCCAAGUGGCGACCCUUGCGCGAGUAUUAGCGGUGCCGCCUCCUCGAGCGCCGUCGGCUACGGAUCGAGCGUUAACGUUGAGAGCCGCCGCGGCCGCAGGACACCUCGCUGCCGCGCAGUUAUUGAUAUGGCACAACGGCAACCCGAACUACCCAGACGUGGACGGGCAUACCUGCGUGUUUUACGCGCGCGCCGCCGCCAACCAUCUGGCAGGCAUCCCGCCGCAAUACCCGCGCGCGCUGCAGCUCGCCUGCCCGCUGCACCCCGGGCCCCCCGCCGGGGCCCCCACCGGGCCCCCCGCUGGUUCAACCUCAAGCAAGAGUUCGCUCAAGACGCCAGAACCAGAAUGCAACUGCAUCAUCUUCGAGCUCCUAAGCGCACAGAACGCGGCAAACGCUUUAGUGGAACUGCUCAUAGCUCUCCAGAACAACCAAUUCAUGAACGGGUAUGACGGACACAACGGGGGAAUAUCGAACUCCUUCAGCCACGGCACGCUAGGCCGACCAAACCUAUCGCUGACCAAUGGAAAAUGCGGGAGCAUCGUGUAAUAUAAGAUUUUAAACUUCCCGUUCCAUUUCCACUAAAAUAGAAAGACACGGGUGUUAACGCGACGUUUAUGAAUGAGUUACAUACAGGGUGUCCCAGAAUGGGUGAAUUAAACUGAUACCGGAGGUAGUUCUACUAAUGUAGUAUCUCUAAAAAACAUGAAAAAAAUAAAGCGCAUAAGGACACAAUUUUUUUUUUAAAUAGUGAAAAUAAAUCAGCUUUGCCUAAGUAUCUGGCUAUAAUUGCUGCGUUUGGAGUUUAUUUGUACUUUUUUCGUAAUAAUAUUAAUUGUACAUGAUCGCUUCGUUUAUCUGUAAACAAACUUUUGAAAAUAAUGACCAGAUUUCGAGUUUAGAGCACUUUAUUUAAAAAAAGUCCGAGCUCAAAUAUUUUUUUAGGGAAAGUACAUUAGUAGAGCUACCUCCCCUAGCAGUUUGAUUCACCCAUUCUGGGACACCCUGUAUACAUACAUACAUGUACUCACGGCUUGACGGCCAGUUUGCUUGUGACAACGUCAAGCCGUGAGUACAUUAUGUAACUCAUUAAUAAAUGUCGCGUUAAGACCCGUAUCUUUCUAUUUCAUCUCGUAAUAGAUAGUUGGAUUCUCUUCAGGACUGGCAUGAUUUUUUUGCUGUGACAGCUGACAGUGGAAACGUGAUUGUUGAAUGAGCGAAACAAUUUGUCUCUUUCGCACGCUAUCGUAAUAAAGUGACGUCACAAUUCAAUAAACACAUGUUUGCUGACAGUUGACAGUUGUUUUUGUGCAAAAUAAAAACACUUGAAGAACGUAUUAUUUUGCUACGGGCAUUAUUUUGUCAAACACAAGUUUGGCGCUUAUCUUGUAGUAAAACUUCUUCAAUUUGUGUAUUCAUGCCAGUUCUUACGAAAUGAUUAUAAUACCCGAUCUGAAAGUUAUACGUAACCGACUGUUUAUAAAAAAUGUGACUGAAACUUAGAGAGAUUUCGCGUUUAUAGUUACCAAAUUAAAAAUUAUCACAGUUUAGGUUACACGUAGGUUAUACGGUCUUUUAAUCUUGGAAGAAAUCUAAUUGUGUACCGCAAUUAAUUCGAUUAUUGCACUGAUUGUCUUUAUCCGUGUUUUUGACAGCGUAUUGACGUUUCUAAUCGUUUUCAAAUAAAUUAUUUAUCUGCAUAGAUUGAUAAGGUUUUUAAUGUAUGAACGGGUUAUUGAGAGGUUUUCUACUUACACUAAGUAAGGUUCUAUUAAAUUUAUGGUCAGGCUCGUUACACGUGAUUGGUUGGCGAAUCUCAAACACAAAGUUGCCAUUACGAAUUGUAGUGUUUACAACCAAUACAAAAUAUACUAUCAAACAAAUAUGUAUACUAAAACACGCAAUAUAAUUGAAUAAAAGUUAUGCAUAAUUUUCGUGACACAAAAAGUUAUAUUUUAUGAUCAAUGAAAACCAUUUUCUAAGGAAUUUUGCGUUUAUUUGAUUUUUGCAAAAAUAAAAUUCUAAAUGACGUUGUCGUAAUUAUUAGAUUAGGCUUUUCUGACUAAAAUUUACAUAAUAAAAUAAACUGUUUAGUAAAAUAUAUUAUCAAAAUUCCCUGUCCAGUGUACUCGGUCCCUGAAAUGUAAUUCCCCGGAGAUAUUUAGCGAAAUUAUGUAUAUGUCAAUUUAAAGUUAAUUAAAUUCUUUAGAGAAUGUAGUAUUUAUACAUAGACCCUUGUUUACACAUAUCCGGUGUAAUAGUUCAAAUUCGUUGUAUUUGUUUGUAGUCCGAUAGUGUAGAGAUGGUUACAUUGUAGGAUAGUGUCCCAAAACAAAAUUCGCAGUUUUUUUUAACGUUUGUUGACAACUAGGCGUCCGCCCUAGCAUAAAAAUAGUUAUGCCAAAAUAUGUCAUAGACAUAACAUUUACCAUACGUGAAUGAGUUAUUCGUCACUUAGCUAAGUAUAAUCACGAUAGCAUCACAUUUUAGCAUAAAUUCGUUAUUACAUAUCGUUUAUAAUGUACGCAUUGCAGACAGAUAGACAUACAAAUUGUCUAUACUAGUUUUUAAUGUGUGCAUUGUGAUCUUUUUAAACACAAUAUUGAUUCACACAUACGUAGAUAAAUGACGUAAACACUUUUAUUAUAAAUAUAUCAAUGGGCGGGACUAGUUCUGGUCGGGUGUACCCGGUUACCCAGUUGAUACCCGGUUACCCGGUUGAUACCCGGUCACCCGGUUGAUACCCGGUUACCCGGUUGACUACUUACCGUUUAGUUCGGAAUGCAUCACCUUAAUAUAGUUAGUAAUAUUGAUAGAUAUAAAUUAUUACGUUAGGUGCAAGAUCUCAGCUCAACGCUAUUAGUAGGGUAAAUUAGGAUAAUUAUUUUAGUGGUAAUUAUUGUCGCUUUACCCUUACGCCCUUGGGUAACUACUAUUAAUUGACUUUAAAAGUUCUUCUCUAAUAAGUGAGAUUUAUAUUUUUGUCUCGAUAUUUCUAUAGUAGGAAAGAAUUAGCCCUAAAUAUAUUAUUGAAUUUAUAUUUAUACUACUAUUCUGGUUAUGAUGCUAUUAUUUAUUUAGUACCACCGUUGCAUAGUUAAAUGGCUCGAGUUAAAUUCGUUUGCUAUUAGAAUUAAUGUUGACAUUCCAAUGAUAGUGUGUGAAUUUUUCACCCAAGGGCCAAAAUAUAGUUGAUGUGAUAUUCCUGAGGUUUUUCCCGUAAAUAAGCCAAACGUACUGAACCCUUCUGUGCCUACUUUAGGUAGUUACGCUUUUCCUGAAUGGUAGACCAGGGGUUGUGAACUCUACUUCACGUCCUGGUCUACAUUCAAGUACUUAUCCAAUGUAAAGUGUUACUUCAUACGCAUCUAUUAGUGGUUUUCGCAAGAUUAGUGUUAAAUUAAGUAUACCAUCUUUCAAUAGAAAUAGAAGAAUGUAAAAUUGGUGUUCAUGAAACAUUUAAAGUGGUGGUCCAUUUAAAGCUGACCUUUUUAAACCAUUGUGGUAUUGUCUUUAUCAAUAAAAAAUAUUUGUACCUUGACCAGAAAAUUGGAAUCUCAUGUGUUUUAAUGAAUGGAAUGGUUUCCGAACUGUGAAGGUUUUUGUAUGGCUCGUUGUAUGUUUUUGGGAAGGUACAAUAUUUUUAAGACGAUCUUAAAUGGACCACUCUGUAUUAGAAAAGCAAAAUUUUGACAAGAUUUUGUGUUAAAAUUGACUUGUUUUUUAUAUUCCCCAAAAUUUCUAUUGAGAGAACAUAUUUCGUGCAUUUAGUUCGAAGGUUUCCCAUUUCAAUCUGUAGCGUAGUAAAUUUUUAAUGUUUUAAUUAUAUAAUUUUCGUCAGUUGUAAUGGAUGUUGAUUUCAAUAUGUUGAUAAAAAAUAUUGGAAAAUCAUUAAGAUGUUUGUUUUAAUUCUAUUUGGAUGGUUAAAGUUCGUAUCAGUCAUCUAUUUCCUUAAGUACUUUUUGAAAUAUGUUAUAGAAAUCAACACCACAUAAUUAUUAUAGAUUUUGCUACUCGCUCAGUGAGUCAUUUUCAUUCAUUCAUUCAUACUUUUA